AGACCCAGCGCGCAGGCGGCGGCGGCGGCGGCGGCGAAGCGGCGCGAUGAAGGGUCCGGCGUCGGAGGUGAUCCGCGAGGGCGAGCUGGAGAAGCGGAGCGACAGCCUCUUCCAGCUGUGGAAGAAGAAGGCGGUGGUGCUGAGCAAGGACAGCCUGAGCCUCUUCUCGCCCGAGGGCGGCGCCAAGGCCAAGGAGCUGCGCUUCGGCGCCAUCCAGAAGGUGGACUGCGUGGAGCGCACCGGCAAGUACGUCUACUUCACCAUCGUCACGACGGACCGCAAGGAGAUCGACUUUCGGUGCCCGGGCGAGAGCUGCUGGAACGCCUCCAUCACCAUGGCGCUGAUCGACUUCCAGAACAAGCGCGCCAUCCAGGACUUCAAGAGCCGCCAGGAGGCCGUCGAGCAGGCGGCCGCCGGCACCCGCGACAGGCGCCUGGCCAGGGCCCCCUGAGCCCCCCGCCCGGCUGGCC